AUGGCCGAGAGCGGGGCUCCUCCGCCGCCUGCCCGCGCCGGGAUCCUCGACGGCGGCAGCGGCUCGGGCGACGGCGCCCUCCGGGGCUCCGCAGUUGGAGACGGCGGCGGCGCCGUCCAUUGUGCGCUCAGGGCGCACGGCACAAAGCUUUGGAGAGGGGCGCACGGGCAGGCUCGCCAAAUUGCGCCACGCCGCGGCCGCAAUACUGUAGUCGCUUUCCAACCGCGCGGGCGCGCUGGAUCCCGGCUCCUCCUCCCGGAUCUCUCGGUCCCUGGGCGGAUCCCUUUCCAGCCAGCGAGACGGGGCUGCGCAAGCAGAAGCGCCGUCGGAACAGCUACCUCUGCAGGCUCCUGCGCAACACUGCACGGCGCAGGGGUCGCCGAGCCAUCCUGCUGCCCGCCUACACCGGCUGGUAAAAAAAAAAAAAAGCUCCUGGAUGGAGGUUUUUUGGGGGGGCUCUUUCUCUUCCUCCUUCCUUACUAGGAGUAGCAAGCGCCGGGGCUCCCCGAUUGCAUAGCGAGAAAGGCGCCGGGGUUUGGGAAUAUUGGGGCAGGAGACAUUCUCCUCCAGCUCUCGACGUUUCGCACCUGCCAUCUUUUAAAUCGCCUCCUGGGGAUAGCUUGAGGGAGGCGUCUCUGGGCAUGUGCAGAGUGCUUUCUUGCAUUUCUGUCUGCAUGGUGGCACUGCAGAAGCCUUUGCAAGCAAAUAAAACGCAUACGGGUCGGCGCUCAGCCCCGCUGUAUUUUGGGGUGAGUGGAGAUUUAAUCCUAGGCUGCCCCGGUCCCGAUCCGAAACUCUAAAGGAGUGCAUAGCUGUCAACUUUCCCCUUUUUUAAAGGGAAAUUCCCUUAUUCCGAAUAGGAUUCCUCGCAAGAAAAGGGAAAUGUUGACAGCUAUGAGAGGAGUGGGGAGUCUCCGGAUGCUGAUAGACUACAACGCCCAUCAUCCCUCACUGCUGGCCAUUUUAGUUGGGGCCCAUGGGAGUUGUAGUGGCACAGCUGGAAGGCCACAGGGUUCCCCCUCCCGGUGUUCGCCUCGUGUAGUCUAGGACCAUCGGCCAUGCUGGCUGGUGUCUGAGUCCGACACCAUCCAGACAAGGGUAUCUCUCUGUAGGCUACCAAUUUCUUUGAGGCAUUGCAAAAAAAAAAAAAAAAAGGUUCAACAGCUUUUCUGUCCAGAUUUUCACUUUUUGAAAUAUGGCAACACUAGAAUUACAGCUUUGGGAAUCUGAAGCGAGGGGGCCUUUUACCUCUCUGGAACUCAACCACUUUACAGGGGUGCUGUGUCAAAAGAUAAUUAUAGGCGAUGCAUUUUUAAAUCCAUGAAAGGUCCUCCCACAAUUCAUCACUGCUCUGUAAUACUGCUCUGAGCAAAACAUACACUGUUAUUGUCAUCAUUAUAUUAUUAGAACAACCUCACUGCUGUGAUUUUUACGCCGUCUUAAACUGUCCUUAAUAUUGUGUUUUAAUUACUGUAACCCUGGGCCGUUAAGAGUGAAGGGCAGGUUAAUUAAUUAUUAAAUUAUUAUUAUUAUUAUUAUAUUAUCAUCAUUAUUAUUAUUAAUAUUAUUAUUAUUCCAUAGAAUGUAUAUCCCACUUGGUUGGAGAAAUCCUCAGUUUACAAAAAGAAUAAGAUUACAAGUAAAAACAAUUAAAGCAUUCAAAACAUUUCGCAACAAACUGAACACGCAUCAGCAUUCCAAAUAUCUGGCUAGGCUUGUCUAAACAAAAAUGUUUUUAGCAAGCGCCGAAAAGAGUAUGGUGAAAAUGCCCGCCUCGUAUCACUAGGCAGGGAGUUCCAGAGUGUAAGUGCUGCCACACUAAAAGCUUGAGUUCUUACAAAUGGCCGUUAUGUGGCACCCGUUACAGGGCCAGUUCUGCAGAUCAAAACAGCCAAGAGGGCAUAUACAGUCAUACCUCGGGUUGAAUACGCUUCGAGUUGAGCGCGUUCGAGUUGCGCUCCGCGGCAACCCGGUAGUAACGGAACGCUUUACUUCUGGGUUUCGCCGCUUGCGCAUGCGCAGACGCUCAAAAUGACGUCACGCGCAGAAGCGGCAAAAAACAACAUGCGCGUACGCAGAUGUGCCAUCGCUAGUUACGUUUGCUUCUAGAUGCGAACAGGGCUCUGGAACGGAUCCCGUUCGUAUCUAGAGGUACCACUGUACAGUGGUACCUCAGGUUACAUACGCUUCAGGUUACAGACUCUGCUAACCCAGAAAUAGUGCUUCAGGUUAAGAACUUUGCUUCAGGAUGAGAACAGAAAUCGUGCUCUGGCGGCGCGGCAGCAGCGGGAGGCCCCAUUAGCUAAAGUGGUGCUUCAGGUUAAGAACAGUUUCAGGUCAAGUACGGGCCUCUGGAACGAAUUAAGUACUUAACCCGAGGUACCACUGUAUGGGGUAAGGCGAUGCUAAUAAUAAUAAUAAUAAUAAUAAUAAUAAUAAUAAUAAUAGGCUCCUUUUCCUGCCCUCUGUAUGGAACACAGGGACAGCCCUUUCAAGCAUGACUCGCUCCUGAUCUCGAGAAAGGCCCUGUGCACAGGUCAGAAGGAAGGCGCGCUCAUGACAACAUGUCACAGGCUGAGCUUGAGAAAGCCACUGGCCUGGUCUCGCAAGUGAAAGGGUCCGUCUCCGUCAUGGAUCUGCUGCACAAGAGGGCUGCCCCCUGCCUGGCCAGCCACGACCUAAAAUCCAAAGCGACAAGGGAGGCAGGGAGCGACCACCGAGACCUUUCGGAGGAGGAGGCCGCUGAGGAGGUCCACAUCACCAGGGUGGAGGAGCUGGAGAAGAAGGACAGCAGAUGACUGCGGAGAGGGCUGCGCAGGCCCCGGCUUCCAGGUCGCUUCAGUCAUCUUCCGCCCCGACGAUCUCUGGCGGUUAAGGCAAUAAAGGGCCCCUUGAGAAGCUCUCCAGUGUCACCUUGCG